AUGCUCGGCUGUGGCUUCGGCGUCGUGUUCGUGAUGCUCGGCUGUGGCUUCGGCGUCGUGUUCGUGAUGCUCGGCUGUGGCUUCGGCGUCGUGUUCGUGAUGCUCGGCUGUGGCUUCGGCGUCGUGUUCGUGAUGCUCGGCUGUGGCUUCGGCGUCGUGUUCGUGAUGCUCGGCUGUGGCUUCGGCGUCGUGUUCGUGACGCUCGGCUGUGGCUUCGGCGUCGUGUUCGUGACGCUCGGCUGUGGCUUCGGCGUCGUGUUCGUGACGCUCGGCUGUGGCUUCGGCGUCGUGUUCGUGACGCUCGGCUGUGGCUUCGGCGUCGUGUUCGUGAUGCUCGGCUUUGGCUUCGGCUUCGUAUUUCUUGAUACUCGGCCGUGA